UGACUAUUGCAGUUGCACCGGACUGCCCUAGAGUAACUGUCACAAGUCAAAAUGGCGACACAUUAGAUUCAGACUGUGUGGUGAUUACAGCUCCCAUCACUGUUUUGAGAGAUGGAGACAUCAGUUUUAUGCCACCUCUGCCACAAGCUAAAAUCCAAGCAGCAAGAAACAUCUGCAUGGAACCAGUUUACAAAAUUAUAUGCAGAUUUCAGACUGUCUUUUGGCCUCAUGAUUUGUGCAUUAUGACUUGCUGUGAUGGAUUUGUCAGUCACAUUCACCAAGAUUGUCGAUAUGAAAGAUGUUCAAGCUCUAGUACACCGCUUACUGUUGAUACAAGAGUGAAGAAGAUGUCAAGGAAAGGAAACCUUGAUUUUGGUGGCUGUUUUAUGUUAUCUGGAUUUCAGUCAUCAGGACCAGCUGCAGAUAAAGAAGGAAUGUCGGCCAAAGAAAUGGUCAAAGGCUUUUUGUGUCAGCUUGAUGAAAUAUUUGGCUAAGUAAUGUGGUCAUAGUGACCGUUGAUUGUGUCAGUAGGUUUGCAUGACACCUGCACACACACAAAUACAAAAAAUAAAAUUAUGAAUAUUAAGCCCUUGACGUCAUUUGACCUCGACCGUAAGGUCAGUUAUGAAGAUAGCUCCCCCCUGCCUCUAGAAAC